UAAUGUCACAUUUAAUUCAGAUAUUAGAAUACAGAUAUUGAAUAUAGUUAAAAUUGACACUAUGCCACGUUAUGCUCAAUUGGUGAUGGGACCUGCUGGAAGUGGAAAAAGUACAUACUGUUCAAUGAUGGUGGAGCAUUUUUCGGUGCUAAAACGGAAAUGUUAUGUUGUAAACUUAGAUCCUGCUGCAGAAUAUUUUGAUUACCCUGUCGAACUGGAUAUCAGGGAACUUAUUCAUUUGGAUGAUGUGAUGGAAGAUGAAGAGUUACGAUUUGGGCCUAAUGGGGGCUUAGUAUUUUGCAUGGAGUAUUUUGCUAAAAAUAUGGACUGGAUUAAAGAAUUCAUAACAGACAUGGAAGAGGAUAGCUAUUUUCUAUUUGACUGCCCUGGUCAAAUUGAACUAUACACGCACUUACCUGUUAUGAAAACUUUGGUAGAAAAUUUACAAAAUUGGGACUUUCGAACUUGUGGUGUAUUUCUCGUUGAUUCGCAAUUUCUUGGAGAGCCAAGCAAAUUCAUAUCAGGUACAUUGUCUUCGCUAUCCUGUAUGAUAAAUCUUGAAAUAACACAUCUAAGUGUAAUGACCAAAGUUGAUCUUCUUUCAAAACAUUCAAAGCGAGAUCUUCAAAAAUUUUUAGAUCCUGAAAUGCAAAAUCUACUUUUAGCAGACAUGUGUGAUACAUAUCAUGAUAAAAAAUAUCAAAAACUUACAGAAUCUCUUUGUCAAAUUAUUGACGAUUACAGUAUGGUCAGAUUUCUUCCACUUGAUAGAUCUGAUGAAGAAUCCAUUAAUAUAAUACUUCAGCAUAUUGAUACAGCUAUGCAGUUUAGUGAAGACCAACCUGUUCGUGUAGAAGAUUAUAAUGAAGAUAAUGAAAGGGAUGCAGAAGACUAGGGUUAGUCCCUCUGCUGUCUGUCCGGACCAAGCUGGAUAUGAGUAUUAAAUAGGUCACGUCGUUCCUGAACACGUCCAAAAUUGUGACCAUCAUCAAAAAAUGUCAUAUCUGUGCACUAUAUUGUUUUAAUUACAAUUUCGAGGACAAUUGAUGGUUGAUAACAAAGUAAUAAGGCGGCGAAAGAUGUAAAUGCUUAAAUACGCCGAACAGUUUUGGUGGUAAUAUCAUUUUGUCAGACCCAUAAUAUCGUCUUUCUUGCGUUCUGAUUUACUUGUUUUCAGAAGGCAGUGAUACAAUCUUAUAUCUUGGGUAUUUAUGAUAUUCCAUCUUCGCUGAGUCCUUAAAAUAGUGUGAUUGUGUAACUUUUUCAUAAUAUUUCUAUAUGUGAAAAUUUUAUAGAAUGGAGUCUCGAUUUCUGAGACAUUUGAAAUGAAAUUUUGUGCUAAAUGUUCCUGUUGUAUUGUGAGUUUAUUUUAUAGUCGUAUAUUGGAAAGUAAUUUUCGCUUCUAGAAGUAGGAAUGGCUCCAUCGUUUUUUUUAAUGCAUAAUUCUGUUCUUUACAGUAUCUCAUUUUGUAUAUUGGUUAUCAAAAGGAAAUGUGAAUCUUUUGUGUUGCGAAAUUGAACUUAUAUCUUGAUUUUAUCAUCAAGAUGCCAUGUUUUGCAUAAAAAUCAGCUUCAUCUUGUUGAAACUGACUAAAUCAUGUCUGUAAUGGAUUGUCUACAUCUUUUUACUUUCACGACAUUGAUAAUAUUUCUUGCAUUUACAUAAUCAUCAAGUUUUCAUAUUUUCUUGCAGAUUUCAUGCACUUUACUAUGCUAUGGCUUUGAACAAACACAUGCACCCAAGGAAUGGGUACAAAGAUAAUCCUCCAGAUUUUAUUGAACUAUCGAAACAGUAUCCUGAAUUUAAACCAUAUGUCAAAUACAAUCCAAAUGGAAAGGCAUUUGUAAAUUUCCGAAUUCCGUCCGUUGUAAGAAUAUUAACAAAAUGUUUAUUACAUAAGGACUUCGAACUUGAUGUAGAUCUUCCUUCAGAUAGGCUUUCUCCUACAGUUCCAUCUCGUUUGAAUUAUAUUUUAUGGAUAGAAGAUUUAUUGAAUGCUACUUCACAGGAAUUUACCAAGCAAAGGCAUAUUGUGGAUAUCGGCACAGGGUCAGCCUGUAUAUAUCCGUUACUGGGCAUGAGAAAUAACCCAGACUGGAAAUUCACUGCGACUGAGAUUGAUAGUUUAAACUUCAAAAAUGCUGUUAAUAACAUAGAAAAAAAUUCACUAAAGUCAUCGAUAAAAGUUCUCAAAGUUGACAAAAGUGCUACAACUUCUUUGCUAUUACAUUUAUUCCAAGAUGCAAAUGAUGGAUUUGAUUUAUGUAUGUGCAAUCCACCCUUUUUCAAUGACUCAAGCGAAAUAGAAACUAAAAUCGGUCCCAUUGCAAACUCAUCAUGUCACGCAAAUGAUGUUGAAUCAAUAACAGAUGGUGGUGAUCUUGCUUUUGCUCACAAACUUUUUGAAGAAAGUUUAGAAUUAAGGCAAAAAGUUACUUGGUAUACAAUACUGAUGGGAAAGAAAAGCAGCUUUGUUACAUUCAAGAAGCAAAUUUCUAAAUACAGUGAAAUUCUAGUUACAACAUAUGAAUUUUGUCAAGGAAGAACUAUCAGAUGGGGCAUUGGGUGGAGUUUUUGUUCUGAUAUGAUUACAGAAUCAAAAUUGCCACGUUCUUCUCUACAAAAUGCGACUAAAAACCCGGAAGUUGUUGAGCCAAUUAUGUUUUCUUUACGUAAAACUUUAGAAUUAAAUUAUGUGUAUGACUCACUUAAAAGAGAACUCAGCAUUUUAGGUAUUUCAUUCAUGGAAAUAGAAAAUAACAAAAAUCUUGUUAUUUUAAAAUUGCAAUGUGAAAAAUGUAAUUGGGUUCAUAUCCGCCGACGAUCACGAAAAAGAAAACUUGAUGGCCUUUGUAAUGGAGGUUCUGUCAAAAAUCUAAUCGAGGAGUCACCUUUAACAAAAAAUGAUUCUGAUUGCACAUUACCAAAUGGAGUUGCGUCAACCUUACUUCAAUGUGAAGUUACAAUUCUCAAAGAUUCUUUCGAUCAUAUCAAACUUCAAUUUAAGACUGAAAUUCGAAUCCAAAAAGAAGUUAUGAAUACACUUGUAGUCUAUCUAAAACGUAUUUUACUCUCUGACAUUACAUAAUAAAGAUUUUCAGUUCUGUUUAUACUACCAGCUUUUUACAUCGUUAAUCUUUACUUAAAGCUGUUUUUAAAUUUUUUAUCUGCCCUGGUAAUUUAUUUUUUAAUAAUUCAGAUUUUUUAAGAUUCAUGACUCUGAUGUCAUAGUAUUUUUUAGGCAGGUAUACUUUAUGGUUACAGUAAUUGGGGCGGUAUUGACUUUAGGCCCAAAUAAUUUUUUCAUGUAGCGAAGUCAAUAAGAUAAACCUGCUCAGUCAAACGGUCUUGUAUCUAACAAAUUUUGUGAAAUUGAUGUCAUUUUUGAAUAACUUGACCUGUUUCAUUUUUCAUUGAUUACUGUCUGCCAACCAGCAUGUAACACAAAUGCAAGGACACAUGAACCCCUUUUGGAUAUUACUCUGUACUCUUCAUUUACA